AUGGGUGUUAACUUGAUACCGAUUGAGUAUGAUAAGCGUGAUAUGAUAUCUGGUGAUGGACAUCAUUUGAGCGAUCAGAUAUCACUGUUUCACAGGAGAGCAAAAACACACGCAUGGCAUAUCAAAGUAGUAAGUACAUUGACACUUGUUAAAAAAGUAAAUAAUAAUUCUCCUUACGACAUAGUAAUCAACGCCCACAAUCCAAUUCGUCGCUCAAAUCAUAACUGUAAUCUCCGUGCUCGACUGGGAAAAGCAGCGCAAAGCCACGCCAAUUGGAUGGCACAAACACACACAAUGUCCCAUACGGAGAAUGUCCCUGGAAGAGCGGAUGUGGGUGACCGUGCCCGGCAGGCAGGCUACCAUUUUAAAGCGGUAGGAGAAAAUAUUGCCUGUACCAGUGGGCAAAAACAGCUCCGUUGCUACAGUGAUGAAUAUGUGGAUGAACAGUCCAGGACAUCGGCAGAAUAUUCUCAACGGCAAUUACAAUCAGAUUGGAGCAGCGGUUGCUCGCGCCUCUGA